AUGUAUCAUUCACAUAUUUUUGUGUUUCUAGGGUUAAAUGUUAUUGAAAGAGAUAUUUCUAUAUCUUAUAAAAGUGGAAUAAAGAUACAAUCCGUGCCUAGUAUUAACCAAAUUAAAAAGGAAUUCAAUCUAUCAGACAUUACAUAUUUUGCUAAAGCUGGUGUGGAGACUAUUAUUGAAGAUGAUGUCACUAAAAGAUUUUCAGCUGAAGAAUUACCAUCAUGGAAUUUACUAUCAAGAACAAAUUAUGGCUACCAUUAUAUCAGUUUACGCUUAACAAUAAUAUGGGGAUUAGGUUUUCUUGUUCGAUAUUUUGUCCUUUUUCCAUUUAGUGGCAUCGGAUUCAAAAGCAUAAUAAUAUACGAUAUUGUUAUGAUAAAUUACUUAAUGAUUUCACAUACGUUUAAGAGAGAUCUCAAUCAAUAUGUAAUGUUAAUGUGUUUUAGAAUAUUAGCCAGAGCUUGUUCAGCUAUUGUCACAUUUCAUAAUAGUGAAAAUAAAGCUAAGAAUGGUAUUUGUGUAGCUAACCAUACAUCACCUAUAGAUGUUAUCAUGUUAUCUUGUGAUAAUUGUUAUGCCAUGAUUGGUCAGUCUCAGGGUGGGUUAUUAGGUGUUUUACAACGAGCUAUGGCCAGAGCAACAUCACAUAUCUGGUUUGAAAGAUCAGAAGUCAAAGAUAGAAUCUUAGUAACGAAUAGGUUGAGGGAACAUGUGGAUGAUUUAGAUAAAUUACCAAUUCUUAUAUUUCCUGAAGGAACAUGUAUAAAUAAUACGUCAGUUAUGAUGUUUAAAAAAGGAAGUUUUGAAGUUGGUACAACUAUUUUUCCUGUUGCUAUUAAAUAUGAUAAUAGAUUUGGUGAUGCCUUCUGGAAUAGUAGUAAACAAGGUAUGAUACAACAUCUGUUGAAUAUAAUGACAAGCUGGGCUGUUGUCUGUGAUGUCUGGUAUCUUCCACCAAUGAAUAAACUUGAGGGUGAAGAUGCUAUUGAGUUUGCUAAUCGUGUUAAAAGGGAAAUAGCUGCUAAAGGUGGAUUGGUUGAUUUAGAAUGGGAUGGUCAGUUAAAACGAACAAAGGCUAAAGAGUCUUGGAAAGAAAAACCACAAGAAGAAUAUAGUAAAAUGUUAAAAGUUGAUUGA